AUGGCACAUAAUUACGAUCCCAUACAUUCCUCCCCGCAAAUUGAAAUGAACAGUCCUAUGACUCCUUUGCGCCCCGAUCCACCCCUCCACAACACCAGCAAUCCAUUUCACAAACCCGAACAAUCAUUCACUACCCUUCCAUAUAAAUCGAAAACUGGAAAGCAAUUUUGGCACAUUUUACUCAAAAGUCUCGCGCGAUGGUUAAUUACACUCGUUUUAUGCAUUGCUUACAUUUUUGCUUUACGAGUCUGGAAUCGGAAGGGUACCGUGACGGAAACUUCGAAGAGAGUUUUCAAUGCUUUGACUACCGGGAUUAGUAUUGCGUUGGGAAUCAACAUUGCGAGUUCAUUGAAGGAUAUGGCUUUAAAUGCGCGUUGGCCAAUAUUGCACGCUAGAAAGAGGAAUCUUAUUGAACUCGAUCUCACUUUGCAUUCCGAUAGUUUGAUGGAUAUUGGUAAAUUAGCUUUCGUUUCGAAAAGACCGGUAGUUUUUGGCAUGGCUAUUUCGUGGCUCAUCUUCAAUCUCUUCGUACAAACAGUCAUCGCCGCCAUCAGCUUAACGUAUGGCUUCGAUACCAGCACGGAAAGUUACUUAUUCACACCAGGCAACGUCACAAUUCCGGACAUGGGACAUUUCUACCCCUUAGGAAAUAACACGAAACCUCAAAGCGAAGACGAAGAAUACACCGCCCAUGCAUACGGGGGCUUAGCUUGGAACCUUGGAAUAGGCACCUCGGUCAGCGAUUUGCCAUCACAAGGAGAAAUCUAUCAAGGCUUAACCGGGAAUUAUACUGUGUGGUCAGACCAACCAAAUGACAAAAUGAUCUUCGUAUUCACCGAAUACUCCUCCAUCUCCUCUCAAAACAUCGGUGCCCUAGGCAUCUACACGAACCGAACUCUCGACAUGCACUACUCCUGCUCAUCCCACCAAAUAACCGGCAACGGCAACGGCAGCUCAGCCUCCAACAUAACCGUCCAGGACAUCGGAUCCGUCUUUGUAUCCUCCUUCGUUCCAAACGGCACCACCUUCUUCACCGACUGGCCCAACUCCUGUCCCGACAUUCCCCGCUGUUCCAUUAUCCAAGCUUUCGAAGCUUCGAAUACCGAUCCCUGGUACUACAGGUGCAACAUCACGCUUGGAUCUACGCAAAAUGAUCCGCGUAACAUCUCAUUCAUCAGCGACGAAAUGUCGUAUACAGCCGCUUCCGCCAUAGCCAACACGGGAUAUUCCAACUACGAGUACCAGGAAACUACAUCUUACCCGCAAAAAACCAUAUGGGGAACCCCUAUGCGUGGCAACGUCUCAUCCAUGGGGAAUCAAAUAGCUGCUUUCGGGCUAAGUUCCAUCUCUGGCGCUGCAGCUUUUAACCCCUCGACUUUCUAUGCCGGGGAUGAACCUCAUACGGGGUUUGCUCUUGCGAUCAAUCAUAGUUAUUUUUUCCUGUUGAUUGUGCUUUUGAUACCGAUGGUCCAGUUUGUGAUGUGUUUUGGCAUUGCCGUGUGGGCGAAUCGGGUGCUGGUGCAGGAUAAUGCGUAUAUAGGGAUGAGCUUGUUGUUGAGGCCGAUAGCGGAUGCGUUGUAUGGUGUUAGUGGGGGGACGGAUAAUAAGGCGUUUAGGGAUGAGAAGAGAAGGGUUAUGGUGAGCUGUGAUCUUCCAGCCAUGGUACCGCCAUCGCCAGCCUCUGCUAAAACAAUUAAUCUUGAGCCAAGACCUCCUACUCCUACUGAACUCGACGACAGUGAGCCCCGGCAACCCUGGUAUCGUCUUUUCCUCAACUCGAAAGACAAAUCUCCUCAACAUUCCAAACUCAUCACUCCAGAUUCAUCUGCGGGUCUCACCACCACUCCAUCGACGACCAGGAAGAAAGUAGGCUGGUCCGAAAAGUACGACUACAAAGACCCUCCUACAACUGCCACCGAUAAAAAGAUACCAUCUGCACAGGGCAUAUCGCCGUUGACACCAUCAGCGGAACGAAAAGCAACCAAAUCAAUCUUGAAAACAAAGCAUGGGUCUGAUCCUAUGAAUACCAUCGAACCUUCCAAAGGUAACGACAAAACAUUAACCCAGAACUCUGUGAUACUCGACGCCAGAAUGCUAGAAUCAAUAUCAAAACAAUUGGCUGGACAAGACAGGAGCUCGAGGCUGGAUGCAUACACGAUCUUAUCAGGCGCCUUAAAGGCUUACGACAAUGUUCCGGACAGGAAGGCUUUGUCGGAUAAGAUGGAUUUGACACUACAAUUCAUAAGGCGGGAUCUGGUUGCCAAGCAUGAAUCUGGAGCUCUUGAUAUUCAACUCGCGAAAGGAGCGUUGGUGCUCACAUCUAGCUUUCUCCAUAAAAAGUCCAUCUCGGAUAUGUUGACCCCCGAUUUCAACGGCUUUAUAGUGGACUAUGCUUUGAGGACUUUCGAAAACCCUGGACUGUCAAAGGAGAUCGCGAGACAUUUGAUGUUCAUACUUGCACAACAAAAGUUUUCCGCAAGAAUCAUGACUGCUGAGAGAGUAGCGAAGCUGAUAUCCGCACUACAUAAAGUCGAGGAGUUUGUGCAAGGUAAAAGCAUUGUAGAAGAGCGCAUCAAUGUCUACCGAACAUUUCUUAGGCAAUCUAGAUCUCAUAUGAUCUCCAACUUAGACUGGCUCCAAGAUCUUUUGAGUGAUAUGCUCAGUAGUUAUUCAAAUAUUCGGACUGCCGCCAUUGCGUUUGGUGAAGAGGCUGGCCUUGAUCUCGGAACGGAGACCAAAGUGUCAUCAAAAUUUAUGGAGAUCUUUAAAGCCUCGGAUGGAAGCGAAGUCAAGUAUGCCAACUUUUAUGCCGAUAAGUUGCGAAAGAUGGCCGCAAGAAAGCCCCCAGGUCCUGCUCCUCGUAUUUGGGCCAUCGUCAUCUUAUUCCUCCGUGCUCGUCCUCAGCAACUCGAGCACUGGGCUUUCACAAAAGUAUGGCUUGAUAUCAUCAAGGUCUGUUUCAACUCCAGUGACCAAAAUACAAGGCUGGCGACAAAUUUGGCUUGGAAUCGCAUGGUGUUUGUGAUCGGUCUGGAUGAGAAAGUCACUUCAAACAUGAUGAAUACACUCAGUCAGCCUUUGAUCGGACAGCUUCAGAGAAAAGACGUUCGGAAAGUCUCGGAUUCCGACAACGUAUAUCGCAAGUCAACCCUUAGCAGCAUAUGUAACUUAUUGUACUACUCGAUGAAGCCGAAUUCAACCUCAUCCCAACUCGAUAUGUUCUGGGAUGCAUACAUAGUUCAGCUCAUUGGUAAUAGACUCACCCCCAUUGAUUAUGUCGAAAACCCGGCAUCGGCUGAGCAGGAUUUGAGUGAUGCAUGUGAUAUCCUUCGUGGGUUGUUCGACGCACAUGCUCAACGAUCAUGGACGCCAACCAGAGCUAUGAAUGAUGAUGCUGUCACAGCCACAGAGCUUCCAGCACUUGACUCUCGAUGGCUACGCAAAAUUGCUCCUCGAGCCUUUGAAGUUCUGAGUCCAAUCAUGGAGUUGCUCUAUUGGGAUUUUGCAUCCCCCAAAAGUAAGGUAUCGCUUCUUUGGGAGACUUACAUUUCUUCAAUUUCAUCCGCAGCGGUCAAAGAGGUCAAAACCUCAAGUGAUACCAUGGCAUGCCUCGCUUUUCUAUUCAGCACACUGUACAAAAUCUGGCAAAAGGGACCAGACGGCUUGCAUACCCCGCCACCUCAUCGCAAAGACAAAGCGAACUUUUUUGCUAGCUUUCAAGUUAUUGUCACUACUGUCAUAUCUGGCUUGGGAGUACUGCCGUUCACCGAAAGGCUACUAUCCAUGGGACAACAAGAUCACUUUGUCUUCGUCGCAACCCCUUCACAUCGACCUGGAAAGAUAAAGGGCGAAAUUAGAUCUCCAAUUCAUCAUCUGUUCCUGUUGCUUGCUAGCUCUUCUCAUGGUGCUGAACAUGAUUCUAAGUUCUUUGAAAUGGUCCACGCCAUACUUACGCCAUUUUUUGAAGCACGGCGUUUGAGCAAGGGGAAAAUGGACCUCGUCAAAGAUCUUUUAGAUAUUCUUCCCAUCGACAACUUUCAUUCAAGCGGAGCUCUGUGGACGGUUCUUGCAAACUCUGCUACACUAGCGAUCAAUUUCCGCGAUGAAAGUGCUGUGGCUAGCUCGAUUCAUGAUGCACGUCCUCUUGGCGGUGAAUAUCGCAGUGUUGCAAGGAUUCUUGACGUUGGGAUUGAGUUGUCACCAGGUGAACCUUUGGAAGGAUGGGAAGAUCUUUUCCAAGCUUUGGUAACGUCUGCCACUACCGAUUCGGGACAUGGAGGCGGAGCUAUCGUUGUUGUUGAGCCAAUAGCUAAAACUCUGGUCUCCAAAUGGCGGCCGAAAAAAGAAUGUUGUGGUAACGAGGCAACAUACUGUCGAAUUCUGGUUGCACAAGCAUCCUAUCCAAAGGACCGGCAAGCUUUAGAUGCGGCUCGGAGGCGCCUUUGGGGAAGUGCAACCGCUGGCCCAAAAAUUCACAUACUCGAUCCAUAUUCGUAUUUCUAUGACUAUAUAUCUCGGUGCUUGGAGCAUUCUUAUACCGAGCUCUCAUCAAAUGACCACCCUAGCAUAUGUGGCCUACUUAGAGAACUUGAAGCACUUUUAAUUCGAUGUCCAAAAGCACUCUUCACUGAAGCUUUGAUUCAGCUUCAGAAAGGAAUUGUUUACUGGAUACGUGACGAGGAGGUAAAGCUGCAUGGUGGAAAUACUCUAUCUCGAAUCGUUAACUCUCUCUGGACGAAUAUCUGCUCAUUAUUGACUUCUACUACUAAUGAUAUACCAAAAUUGCUGAACGACCUAGAACCAUUAUUGUGCUCUGGCUUGGGAAGCAGGUAUGCAUCUAUUGCAAAUAUGGCCAUAGAGAUGUUCACAGACAUAUUUGGUUCAUUCAAAGGCGAUUUGCACUAUCCUCCAAUGGUCAAAGAAGUUAUAUCUAGACUUCUUCCGAUGGCUGACCUGAAUCUUCCAUCAUUUCCUGAAAGCUCAUUCUCCGAAAGCUUAGAUAAUCAGAUCUCCGACAAUCAUAGGCAGCCUCCCGCUUUUCUUGAUACACAGACAGAUGUCAUUGUUACCAGUGGUAUCAAUCUACUAAAGGUUUCGACCAAAGCUUCUUCGUCUAAUAUGACUCAACUCCCAAAACAACGAGCAAUAGGAUCAUCCCCCCGAGUUGUGGUUGAAGUCAGUGGGGCAGUAUCGCGGAAGAGAUCUCGUGAGACAACCCCGGAACCUGGAAAAAGAAAGUCGAGGAAGAAGAGCUCUGUUGCUAAGUUACGACAUGAUGACUCUCAAAUUCAAUUCGAGGCAAUUUCAGGCUCAUCACCCCUAUCGGAAGCAGCAUAUGAUUCACAGCUUUUGACGGAGCGGCAGAAGGAGGUCAGAGAACGACAAGCUGAAGAUGCAGCUAUGUUUUCAAAUAUCAGAUAUAGCCCUUGGCCGAGCUCAAAACUAACCCCCAAGAAUGUCGAUGACGAGUUUGAAUUACCUUCGCACCAUUCUUCUUCAAAGCCACGGUCAGAUAUAUCAGCCAAUAGCGAAAGGCAGAGUACUCCGGAUACCCAAGUCAUCGAAAACCGAGAUGCUUUUCUUGCUUCCUCGCCAACUCCAGCACGCGGUAUACUUACUUCUGAAGAUCUCUCCUGGCCCCCUUCUUCACCACAAGCUGCAGCGGCUGAUUCACACAAGUCUUUGCUACCGAUACAUAAAAUUAAUAAUAGGGAAAUCCCAUCUUCUCCACCCCAGCCUAAGAAAGGAAACGAUGUGCCACGGUAUACUGAAAAUAAAGGGUUCAAUCAGUCCGAGCAAUCAUCUUUACCGCCCGAUUUAUCAAUGACCAAAGGUCCUUUGAUGCCUCCCACUUCUUCUGAUGAAUUUAAUGAGACCUCGUUUCCUACUGACUUUCCAGAGAGUUCCAACGGUGAUGCAAUCAUCGAUCGUUCGCUAGAUGCCUCUGCACACAUAGAUCAAUAUACAUUUGAUCUUGCCCAAACCAUGUCUACGUACAGAAGCACGCCUGGGUACUCGGGUGGAGAUGAAAAUCUGGAUGCUACCAUUGAACUUACUAGUAGCGAAGAGCAGGCUAGAGAUUUAAGUCUCCAACAACCAGCCAGUGAGCACAGAGCUCGUAACGCUUGGGAGGUUCAGGUUGCUGAGACGAUCAAAUGUUCAGUAUUGCCAUCAACUCCAAGACGGGGUCAGCGUCGUGCAUCGGCGAUGCAACCGGCGCCAAAUACUCAGAAAUAUACCCUUGAUGCUAAACCAGGUUUAAUAUUUUCGGAUAAAAUGUCGGGCGAUGAGGAGAUAUUUGAGGAUGCUGUAUCUUCUCCACGAGCACUGCUACCUCGGAUACUGAAUUUAUCAGAGGCGGUAAUCAUCCCAAAUAAUGUUUCUUCUCCUCUUAGCGACCUAGACGAAUCUAGCUUCAUCAGGCUAGCAAAAUCUGUGGAUCGAACGUUGGCUGAAAAUAGAGGUGAACUUGGCCAUCGGGCACCUGCAUCGACAGAGAUCGCCACUGUUUCUCUCAAUAAUAUCCUUGCCAGGGCCUCUGAUUUAAUCCCCGGCUCUCAAAUUCAGUCUCCUAUUCGUCCUGUAUCCCAAUCAUCAGCCAUUCAAUCUCUCAUUCCUGAAACUCCAGCCCCACGGCUCAUGCAAAAACUCGGUGACGAACGUGCGGCAGAUGACUCUGAUGCAGAUUCUGUUAUCGUUGUAACACCUCCUGUUGGGUACCAACUAGUCGAUACAAAGAACACAAGCAAGGGCCCGAAGCCAGUUCGACUAAAUAGUACGCCGGUCAAAAUUAAAAUCGAAAACGAGGGUGAAGAUCAUACCUUGGUGAAACGUAAAUUUGAUGAAAUUAUCGAUAAUGGGAGUGCGGUGCCUGACAGUCAAGAGAUUCCGAGUGAUGUUCGACCAGUACCUCCCUCAAAGAAGAGAAGGGAUCGACCAGCGAAGACACCAGAACCCGCGAUGAUACGAAGCGUUUCUACGCCUCAAACUACUCAAUCCGGACGAUUCGAACGAAUUACUCGACGAAUUGACCGAUCAUCACAGGCUAGAACUAUUCCCGAUGAUGCUGUGAACAUGGGUGGUCUCGGAGAGCUUAUUUCUGAGCCUGAUAUCAUGGACACCAGUUCUUCUUUCGUUGCAAAUUCCCCUCUUGUUGCGGAAAUUCCUAGAGAUAAAGUCAUUGGCGAAACGACAGUCGAUGCAACAGAAGUACGGGAACGAUCAAGCUCACCACUUGAUCAAUCAGAAAUAGAUAUUGUUGAAGAGACAUUAUUACAGUCUCAAAUAGCUGAGGAGAUGGAACUCGUGUCACAAGAGCCCACGAAUGAUCAAGAGGAAAUAGCAGAAUCUCUUUCAGCCGCUCCCACAUAUCAAAAUAUCAAAGAGAGGCUGCUAAGUCUAGUCAAGGAUCUUAAAAUCACUGCUCUCAGUCGAGACGAGGUCAACGAAAUGGAGGAUGUCUUUGUGGACGCGAAAUCGGAGUUGUAUAAUGCGGCCAAGCGAGGAAGACAAUUGGCCGAUGAUUAG